AUGGUCUACGGCUGCGGGAAUCGAUGCGUGAAGCUGCUCUUCUUCCUCGUCAACCUCCUAAUUUGCAUCUUCGGGGCCCUGGUCUUCGGUUUCUCGCUAUGGGCCAACAUUGACAAGAAUUUCUCCCAACACCUCUCCGAUUUCAUAAAAAAUAUCGAUCAGGGCAAGGAGCACCAUAUUGAUGAUAUUGCUAAGUACCAAGCCAGUCUCUGGGUACUCGUCGGUGUCGGCAUUAUCCUAUUCAUGGUCGGAUUCCUGGGAUGCUGCGGAGCUGCCUGUGAGAGCCCCGUCUUGCUGUCGCUGUUCUUCUUCAUCGUCGUCAUCUGCACUAUCCUCGAGCUGGCCGCCACCAUCUUUGCCCUCGUGAACAAAGAGAAAUUUGUAUCUUCACUUGGACAGGUAAUGGACAAGUGCGGUUCCGAGGCACAACUCCGCCCGGCCCUCAAGCCCAUCCAGGAGGUGUUCCACUGCUGCGGAGCCACCGCCGCCACCAAGCAGCUGUUCAUCGACGAGGGAUUCUGCCCUGGUGCUUUGGCGCAGAAGUCCGAUUGCUUCGACGUUCUACAGCGUGAAAUCGAAGAAUCUGGCGAGACCAUCGUCGUCAUCGCCUUCAUCCUAGUGGCUGUGCAAAUCGCGUCACUGUUCUUCUCGUGUGUCCUUUGCAGGGCUUCUCGUGAAGUCCGAUACGCCGGAUAUUAUGCU